CACACAGGGUGGCAGAGUACGACAGCCUCCACAUUAACCCUUGGGUUUCUCAUCGGAGACACUGACUUUGCACUACAGAUAUUUGGAUAAGCUCAAACAACAGGAAACGGGAAAAAAUGAGGGCAGUUCGACUCCUAGUCUGCUUCACUUUGAUAGGGCUUUACAAAGAAGUUCAAGCACAAGCCAGUACAACUUUAUCAGGUUUCACCUCAAUGUCAGCAGAACCAUCGACAUCUGAAGCUGUAACAACAGAACCCCAGUCUACGUCCCUUUUGCCCUCCUCUGCAAUGCCAACAGAGUCUCCCUCAGCCUCUACCUUUGCCUCCUCUGACUCUCCAUCUCCAGCUGUAUCAGAGUCAGCCACAGCCCCUCUCUCUUCAUCACCAGCAAUGACGUCAACAUUAGAAAUGACCUCAAUCGACCAGACAACUGACACUGGUUUCACCUCAAUGUCAGCAGAACCAUCAACAUCUGAAGCUGUAACAACAGAACCCCAGUCUACGUCCCUUUUGGCCUCCACUGUAAUGCCAACAGAGUCUCCCUCAGCCUCUACCUUUGGCUCCUCUGACUCUCCAUCUCCAGCUGUAUCAGAGUCAGCCACAGCCCCUGUCUCUUCAUCAACAUUAGAAAUGACCUCAAUCGACCAGACAACUGACACUGGUUUCACCUCAAUGUCAGCAGAACCAUCAACAUCAGAAGCUGUAACAACAGAACCCCAGUCUACGUCCCUUUUGGCCUCCUCUGCAAUGCCAACAGAGUCUCCCUCAGCCUCUACCUUUGCCUUCUCUGACUCUCCAUCUCCAGCUGUAUCAGAGUCAGCCACAGCCCCUGUCUCUUCAUCAACAUUAGAAAUGACCUCAAUCGACCAGACAACUGACACUGGUUUCACCUCAAUGUCAGCAGAACCAACAUCAGAAGCUGUAACAACAGAACCCCAGUCUACGUCCCUUUUGGCCUCCUCUGCAAUGCCAACAGAGUCUCCCUCAGCCUCUACCUUUGCCUCCUCUGACUCUCCAUCUCCAACUGUAUCAGAGUCAGCCACAGCCCCUGUCUCUUCAUCAACAUUAGAAAUGACCUCAAUCGACCAGACAACUGACACUGGUUUCACCUCAAUGUCAGCAGAACCAUCAACGUCAGAAGCUGUAACAACAGAACCCCAGUCUACGUCCCUUUUGCCCUCCUCUGCAAUGCCAACAGAGUCUCCCUCAGCCUCUACCUUUGUCUCGUCGUCAUCAGCAUCUCCAACUCUAACACCUGUGUCUGAGUCAACCUCAAUCCCUGUGUCUUCAUCAUCACUAACACCUGAACUAACCUCAGCCGCUCAAACAUCUGUAACUGGUUUCAGCUCAAUGUCAGCAGAACCAUCAACAUCAGAAGCUGUAACAACAGAACCCCAGUCUACGUCCCUUUUGGCCUCCUCUGCAAUGCCAACAGAGUCUCCCUCAGCCUCUACCUUUGCCUCCUCUGACUCUCCAUCUCCAACUGUAUCAGAGUCAGCCACAGCCCCUGUCUCUUCAUCACCAGCAAUGAUGUCAACAUUAGAAAUUACCUCCUCUGACUCUCCAUCUCCAACUCUAACACCUGUGUCCGAGUCAACCCCAAUCCCUGCGUCUUCAUCAUCACUAACACCUGAACUAACCUCAACAGCUCAAACAUCUGUAACUGGUUUCACCUCAAUGUCAGCAGAACCAUCAACAUCAGAAGCUGUAACAACAGAACCCCAGUCUACGUCCCUUUUGGCCUCCUCUGCAAUGCCAACAGAGUCUCCCUCAGCCUCUACCUUUGCCUCCUCUGACUCUCCAUCUCCAACUGUAUCAGAGUCAGCCACAGCCCCUGUCUCUUCAUCACCAGCAAUGACGUCAACAUUAGAAAUGACCUCCUCUGACUCUCCAUCUCCAGCUGUAUCAGAGUCAGCCACAGCCCCUGUCUCUUCAUCACCAGCAAUGAUGUCAACAUUAGAAAUUACCUCCUCUGACUCUCCAUCUCCAACUCUAACACCUGUAUCCGAGUCAACCUCAAUCCCUGUGUCUUCAUCAUCACUAACACCUGAACUAACCUCAACAGCUCAAACAUCUGUAACUGGUUUCACCUCAAUGUCAGCAGAACCAUCAACAUCAGAAGCUGUAACAACAGAACCCCAGUCUACGUCCCUUUUGGCCUCCUCUGCAAUGCCAACAGAGUCUCCCUCAGCCUCUACCUUUGCCUCCUCUGACUCUCCAUCUCCAACUCUAACAUCAAUGACACCAACAACAGCAAAUCUCAACACAUUCUCAACCCUAAACACAGUCUCUGAGUCCACAUCAGGGGCAGUAACAAGCUCACCUCAACACUCCACAACAGAACCCCAGUCUACGUCACUCUCCCCCUCCUCUGUAUCUGUGCCAACAGAGUCUACCUCAGCCUCUACCUUUGCCUCCUCUAACUCUCCAUCUCCAACUCUAACAUCUGUGGCAACAGAGUCUACCUCAGCCUCUACCCUUGCCUCCUCGUCAUCAGCAUCUCCAACUCUAACACCUGUGUCCGAGUCAACAUCAAACCCUGUGUCUUCACCUGUGUCGUCACUAACAACUCAACUAACCUCAAGUGCUCAAACAGCUGUAACUGGUAGGUCAAGCACAUCGGCAUCUCCAACUCUAACAUCUGCUUUUACAUCAGUUCUGUCUGCAUCAUCAGCCAUCACUGUAACAGCCAGUGAAUCUUCAAUUCCAACAUCCCUUGCAACUGAGACGGCCACAUCAAAAAGUCCAAUGAGCUCUUUAGCAACACAGCUCAGCACAUCAGCCGUUUCAACACAAAUCUCUACAUUGAAAUCUGACACCAUCACUUCUGCAUUAGUGCCCACACCUGAAUUCAGCCUCACCUCAAUUCAGAACAACAGCUCCUCCAACAGCCGCGUCGACAGUCACUCCAGCUCCAGGAACGACAGCCGCACCGACAGUCACUCCAACUCCAGGAACGACGGCUGGGACAACUCCUGUAAUGACACCCGGCACCACCUCAACACCAGCAGCUGCAACAACUCCAGCUCCAAUUGUUACUGGUCCAACCCCUGCACCUACAGUUGGUCCAACCCCUGCCCCAACCCCAGCUCCUACAGUUGGUCCAACCCCUGCAAGCACACCAGCACCUACAGUUGGUCCAACCCCUGCCCCAACCCCUGCACCUACAGUUGGUCCAACCCCUGCACCAACCCCAGCACCUACAGUUGGUCCAACCCCUGCACCAACCCCAGCUCCAACAUUGGUCCAACCCCUGCACCAACACCUGCUCCUACAGCUGGUCCAACCCCUGCACCUACAACGAAAGCAACAACUACCACUGCAGCUGCUGCAACUACAACAACGAAAGCAACAACUACCACUGCAGCUGCUGCAACUACAACAGCAGCUGCUACAACAACAACCGUUGCUACAACAACAACAGUAAAUACGGAUCCUCCAUCUGCAACUGAGGGGAAAAUUGACCUGUCUUUCAGGCUCAAUCGGACAUUCACCUCUAAUCUUCUUGAUAGCAGUUCAGAGGCGUACAAAACGCUUGAAUUAGAAGUGGUAACUCAGUUGAACAGCUUCUACAUCAUCCUCUUCCCCACAUAUGUACGCUGCAGGGUCAUAUCAUUCUUUUCGGGAUCGAUUGGUGUCAACUCCGAGCUUGUCUUCAACAGCACAAGUUCAGUUCCAUCUUCCACCGCAGUGGAAGAACCCUUGAAAACAAACUCUACCACUCUGAAUCUGGUUGAGGGUAGUGUCAGUGCAGGCACUGCUACAACUACUACGUCGGCCCCAACAACGACCACAGCAGCGACCACAGCAGCGGGAACUACGUCAUCUGCUUCUCUUGUUACCUUAGUUCUAGCAGGUCUGCUUGUUGUUCUACAAGGUCUGAUCUUAUAAGUUCUAGGAGUGUCUAAAGCUGUUGGACAAUAAGGUGACCUGUAUUAAGCUAUACCAUGGUUGGACAAAAGAAAAAACCUGCACUAGAAAUCGUAGGAUUAACAAUGCAAAGGUGCAUUUUCUUAGCAGUGUAUGACAGGCAGGUAAAUCCUUCCCUUUUAAAAAUGUAUGUAUGCAGUGUUUCUACAAUGUAUUUAUGUUUAUCUAAAUAAAAUGUCUAGACGAUUGUAUGUUAUUGUAUUGUAACACAACACAUGCUAAAUGUUAACCCCCAGUUCUGGUUUGAACAAGUAUUCUCAAUGUGUUACAUAAUUAUUUUGAUAUCUGUGUAUUUGGUUAGCAUAAAUUAUUUUUGUACAUGUUCUUCAUCAUGUUCCAUGUUAUAACUAUAUUAGAUGCAUGCACUGGCUUCAGGGAAAAUAUGACAUUGAGAAGAAGUAUAACGCAAGUGUACAGGCCUAAAAUUAAAUGUAUGUGCCUGCUGUUAACUUUGAGGGUUUACAUUCCACUCACUUGAACACUGCAACAUCUACUGUAAAUGCAUCACGUGAAUAUUCAAUGCAACUAUUCAACUAAUAUUAAAUGUGCCUUUCACUA